AUGUCUACUGCCAAGUUCCAGUCUCCAUCCUACAGACUCUUCGAGCCGGGCUUCGUAACCAACAAACCCAUCAUUGUCGACGUCGACGACGAGUUUGGGUCGCCAGAAACCCUGACUCUUAGAUACGAGGAAGCCGUUCAGGCAGCACAAAGGGGGGAUCCAAACCGGGACUCCCCGCCGAGCGAGUUCAGCAUGGCUGCCUAUAGCAAAGCUCAGCUACCUUCCAUGAAUGGCUACGAUACUACGCGAUAUCAGGAUGCCACCUAUGGACCGUACUCUACUCAGUCCUUCUCAGCCCAGCAGACCGAAAAGUUCGCCCAGAUGAACCAGCAGGCAUAUGCAGGCAACAACGGGGUAGCACAGUAUAUGCCGCCCGGCCUCAGCGUUGUCUCUUGCGAACCCCUGGCAGGCAUCUCCGGUACCAAGGUCCACUUGAAGAUUUCGUCCUCUGAGGACCUCUUCAGUCUUUCUUCCACGCAGCCCUUUAUGCUCUUUGGGACGAUGAAGUGCCCCGUCAGCCUUACCCGCGAUCCACUGGACAGCAGUGGCUUUGUAUACUCGUGCAGUGUAGAUGCGCCGCAGCCAGUGGUCACAGGCAGCAACCACAGCGUGCCACUGUCAUUUGUCGUCGAAGCCCUUGGGGGAGGCGACAUGUCGCGGACGACGUUUGUAGGAACUUUCCAGUACCUGGAAGGGUCCGAGGACGACAUCACGCGGACGGACAAGCUCCCCAAAGAUGACACUACGACACCUGCUGCCGAGCUGGAUCAGGUGAGUCCCUCACCGAAGACGGAGGGGACGUCUUCAGCGGCUACAAAUACGUAUGAGUAUCCGCAGCAGCAGAGCCAGUACGGCAACGCAUUCCCUCAAGCCAACAACACCGACAUGAUCACCACCACGUACCGAGCGAGCAGCAGCUUUACCGACCCGCAUUACCACCAGCACCACCGGCGCUCCCACGGGGGAUGGGGCGGAGGCGGCUACGGCAGCACCCUGGCCAGGACGUCGACGUCGUUUGACCCCAUUGCCAUCUCCGGCCGGUCUGCCGGACACCAUCUGCCCAUCCCGUCGUCGGGGAACAGCGGGACGCCUCAGCUGGUGCGCACCAGCACCAUCACCAACGCCAGCGGAAAUGGCUCCUACCACCCCAUGUCCCUGUACACCAGCAAAGCGGUGCUGAAGAUUCACGGCAAGCUCAGCGAGAUGGCCAGAGACUGGACCCAAGAGGAGUGGGACAACCGCCGCCGGAUCGUCAUGUUCAAGAAGGCCCAGAACGGCGCCGUGCUGAGCGUGAGCUUCAAGCCCGUGGCCGUCAAUGAGAGGCCCACCAACAGCAUCUGCAUCUCGUGCAUCUGGUGGGCGGAAAAGUCCGAGUGCUACGUCACCUCGGUCGACACCAUCCACCUCCUCGAGCAGCUCGUGGCCGCGCCGAACCGGUUCAGCGUCGAGGAGAAGAACCGCAUCCGCCGCAACCUGGAGGGAUUCCACCCGUCGACCGUCUCCAAGGCCAAGCCCGAGAGCGAGGAGUUCUUCAAGAUCAUCAUGGCCUUCCCUCACCCCAAGCCGCGGAACAUUGAGAAGGACGUCAAGGUGUUUCCCUGGACGGCGCUCGAGCCAGCGCUCAAGAAGAUCAUUGGCAAAUACAGCGCCAGCCCCAGCAGCAUCCUGACCCCCGUGAGCACGUCGUCAUUCGCGCCGCCCAGCCACCAUGGCCUCGGGACACAGCACGGCUUGUCCUCGCAGCAUGCCGAUGCCCACGGCCAGUACCCGAUGCACUCUGCCUACAGCUCGGCACAUCACGACGCCAUCCCGUCGCCCCGGUCACAGGCGUCUUGGGGGCCCGCCUCGGCAUACUCGACCAGCGCGGCUCGGGGUCUCAGUCCCACGCUCCGCACCCACCACAGCCCCCAGCAACCGUCGUCCAUGCGCAUAAACACCAGCACGUCGCAGCUGCCAGCCGUCUCGGCAUAUGACACGAGAGGAGUGGCUGCCAGCCCUUACGGCACCACUGGGCUGCACACGCCCAUCAGCCACCAUCCUGCGACCGCAACGCCUCCUCGUUGGGACACCACGCCUGCGGCCUAUACGGACAGUGGCUACCCGGGCCUCACUUCUCAGCAGCCCACGGGAGCAUCAUCUGUAUAUGGCGCUUCUGCAUACGGCGACGGGCCGCCGCGAGCUUAA